AUGAAAUUCCUUUCUCUCCUCCCCCUCCUGGGCGCCGUCUCCGCCCUCCCCCAACUCCGCUCCGACAGCGGCAACGACAGCUUCACCGUCGUCGCCGCCCGCUCCGCCUCUCCCAUCCACUACCUGACCCUGACAGCCUCAGACGGCCACUUCUGGCUGGGCGGACGCUCCUCCACUUACUGUCCUGAAGUCGUUGCCAAGAACGAUGACUGUCCUCCUGGGAAGGAGACUGCUAUCUCUGGGGAUCAUUCUUUGAACGCAAUGGUCCCAGGCUCCCAACAAAUCUACAUCUCCCCAGCCGGCUCCCUCUCCUUCACGCCCCCGCACGCCUCCUCCUCCAUCCCCGCCGGCUCCUCCACCGGCCCCUUCGUGUACACCCCGCCCGCCGUGCAGGGAAGCACCAACGGUACGGGUCUCGGCCGCUGGACCUACGAGGGCCAGGGCGCGCACGGCUUCAUGGCUUGUCCCGUGCCCGCGAAGAAUGAGACCGUCCCGCGCUGGCAGGUGUUUGCCGCGCUGAAGAAUGCCACUGUGCCGGGCGGCAAGAGGGAUUCGUGCUUGGGGUUCUCGGCUAUGGCUGUUGUUAGGGAGGAGGGGGCUGGGGCUGCGGCUUGGGAGUAUCUUUAA